AUGGCUACCCUUACAAUAUUGACUACGUUAACCAUCCUACUGAGCAGCAGCUACGCGUGGGUUGGCGAUGAUAUAGAUAUUCCUUUACUUGCUCAGGUAGUGAAUAAGUUCAAAGGUCAAAAUCAUCAUCAUCAUCAUCAUCAACAUCAUCAUCAAUCAUCCAGUUUUUCACCAAGCUCUUUCCCACAAGGCUCAUUACCAUCAGCUAAGUUCUCCGGUGAUGGAUUUAUUGGAGGUGGAAUAUCUGAAAAUGGAUUUAGUGGAGGCUUAGUUGCACCUCCCAUUACUGCUGGAGCUGCACUGCCUGGAGCAGGAGUUGGUAUUUCAGGACCAGGUGUAUCUCUAUCUGGCCCAAGCAUUGGUUUAUCAGGAUCUGGAAAUAUUUUGUCAGGACCAGGAAACGAUUUUCAAGGAUCAGGUGCUGCAUUCUCUGGACCAGGCUUAGGAGGAGUCGGAUUUAUUGGAGGCAAUGGACUACCUCCAGGACCCAAGGCCCCAGUAAUCACUGAAAUCCAUGGCCUCGCUAACAACAACGGCGCGCCUACACAAUACAGAGUGCGUGAUGAAACUUAUCAAGUCGUUCGUGAAGUUACACAUAGAGUACCCCAACCUGUCCCCGUACCAGUACCUCAAACCGUCCAAGUCCCUGUACCUCAGCCAUACCCCGUCCAAGUUCCAGUGGUCAGAAACGUUCCCGUUCCUGUCGUUAAGAUUCAACAUGUAAAUGUUGACAAACCCGUACCUUAUCCUGUAGAGAAAAUUGUAAAAGUACCUGUCGAAAGAGUUGUACAAGUAGCCGUAGACAACCCAGUGCCAGUUGAGAGAAUUGUUGAAGUCCCAAUUGUGAAAUUAGUCAAGGUUCCAGUUCACGUUGUGAAGUCUUACCCAGUACCAGUGAUUAAGACGGUUCAUCACAAGGCUCACAGUCAUUCUAGCCACGGUCACGGGUGGUCAAACGGGUGGUCAAAGGGGUGG